UGCAAACAUCAAAGCGGAAAUCAACACCGCGCAACACUUCAAGUGUCUUUUUAUUUGUGGCUCUGAAAGAUGACGGGCUUAUCGGAGAAGCCGAUUUUGAUUGAUGGCCGUGGCCAUUUGUUGGGUCGCUUGGCAUCCGUUAUUGCUAAGCAAAUUCUCAAUGGCAGGAAUGUUGUCGUUGUCCGUUGUGAAGACUUGCAACUCUCGGGACAUUUCUUCAGGAACAAGAUAAAGUUUCUGGCUUAUUUGCGCAAACGUUGCAACGUCAAUCCAGCCCGUGGUCCUUUCCAUUUCCGAGCUCCCAGCCGAAUGCUUUGGAAAGCGGUUCGUGGCAUGGUUCCACACAAAACUAAACGAGGUCAUAAUGCCCUUCGCCGGCUCAAAGUAUACGAGGGAAUUCCACCACCGUAUGAUCGCCAGAAACGUUUGUGUGUUCCAAUCGCUAUGCGACAGCUUUGUCUGCGACCGGACAGAAAGUAUUGUAAUGUUGGUCGGGUGGCUCAUGAAGUUGGUUGGAAGUAUCAUGAUGUCGUAAACAACUUGGAAGCAAAGAGAAAGAUCAAGUCCCGUAUGACUUAUUUGCACAAGAAGAAACUGAAGAAACUAACGUGGAAGGCACGCGUUGGAGUUGCUGAUCAAAUCAAGGAUCAGGAUGCUGUUCUGAAGAAAUACGGAUAUCUUUCAUCUGAAUUUGAGAAAAAAUGGAGCAGACCAGUUUUGAACGUCAAGACGGUUAAGCCAGGAAAAAAGAAGCGCCAAACAGCCAAUGUGUAAAAAAAUAUGAAUAAACGCGAAUUGCGAUAUGCGUGGAAUAUAACAAUGUGAA